CCAAAUCGACCAUUACUUCAUUCGUGCAAGAAAAACUACUGCGGUGUAAGGUGUAGUGCUGCACUCGUGUAAGUCGUUUCGUGUCAGUUAAGAUAGUUGUGCUGUACUGUGAAGAGACGAAUUAUGACAAAUUCGUUAAAAAAUAUGGAGCGACUGCCUUGGGCAUUCGUCAAAUAACACGCAUUCUUGUACGAGGUGAAUACCAGGCUGCCAAUCAAACUUUACGAGUAAAACCCACCGAACUUUUUCGAUAUAAUAGAAAAUUAGCUGAUGUGAAUUGAACACACCUUGAAACACAGAGAAUUGAAAGAGAAAAACAGUGAGAAAAAGAAAACAUAGUAAUAUGCAGCGGAUAUGGUUUAUAGAGAACAAAGAGGGGGUGCAACACAAGCAGCAAGAGGUACCACGCGAGACUAACUUCAUCGAGGUGGCGACUGAACAUACAUCAGACAUGAGGGGAUCUAAAAGGGACUGGAUUUUUAGAGUCCAGGUACAUAAAUUAGAAAAGAGUGAAGUCUUAUAUGUAGUGGGUAAUUUGCCUGAACUGGGUGCUUGGAAUCACAACCAGGCAAUCCAGUUGUCACAAGAACAUGGCAGUCGGGAUUCUCCAACAAUUUUUGAUAACAACAGUAGUGGAGAGUUUUAUAGUGAUGAUAUACAUGACAAUGCUGGAGAUAACUCAUUUGGUGAUGUAGAUGAUGAAGGUGGACAAAUAUUUUCGCAAAAGGUUGCACUUCCCAUCGAUGCUGAUGUAGAGUUCCGAUAUUUUGUUGCAGUCAUCUGUCAAUCUAAUGGUACUAAAAAUUCGGCCAAAACUCUUAUCAUUCGUAGAUGGGAAACUCAUAUGACACCACGCUUUAUCAAAAAGAACACAUCUAGCAAUUUUACUAGUGACACAUUGCCAGAUCCGGAUAAGUUCGGUUAUUACAACGGCUACUGUAAAAUUGAACGGGGCUGGUUGACCGAUGAAACUGUGAUACAAUUUAAGCUUUUUAAUAAUCCAAUUAAAUUAUGGAAAAAUAGACUACAAAAUAGGAAAGUACACAUUAAGAUGACACCUGUAAAUCUAGUUAGGCACAAUUCUUUAGAAUUGCCACAAUUUGGUGGCGAUUGUGUAGAUGAUAGUCUUUCUAUGGAUACACAAGAUGUUGUUGAUCAACCUGCCUUUAGUAUUACAGAAAUUGCGGCAAUGAAUGAUGAAGAAGCUCGUUUCAAGAUACAGGAGCAAUUUGGUCGAGCUUAUAAUGAAGACGAAUUUGUUAUCUUCAAUGUCGCGGUUCGAUAUCCUGAAACUAUCGCAUACUUAGUGGACUACUACGUGUACAGCUCAAGAUGUUUUCCAGGAGAACCACCAAGUCAUAUCGGUUUCAGCUACAUCUUGCCUAGCACGUUACAGUCCAGUGUUGGGCUUCUAACAGUACCAAUUACAAGCACAAAACAUAGACCAAUUGGGCAACUUACAGUGGAAUAUGUUGUGAUAAAGUCAAUUCCAGAUUAUCCAUGGGAUAUGAAUAUUUCAUAUGCAAAACAUUGGGAACAACGGUGGUCUGGCUUGGAUGUAGGACACAGAGGAUUGGGUACAUCCUUUCAAACAAAGAACUGUGCUAAUGUACGUGAAAAUACAAUAGCUUCUUUAAAGACUGCAUCAUACCAUGGAGCUGAUAUGGUUGAAUUUGACGUCCAACUGUCUAAAGAUCAUAUACCGGUUAUUUACCACGAUUUUUAUGUAUCUAUUUCAUUAAAACGCAAGAAACAAAUAGAAGCUAUGGAUAUGUUGGAAAUACCUGUUAAGGACCUUACAUUGGAGCAGUUACAUCUGUUGAAGGAUUUUUAUUACCCGUGGUGGGACUCGUUGGGUAAGGUGCUGUAUUUCGUUGAUAAAGCUGAGCAGGGGGUUAACCAACUGGUUUAUCAUGUGGCUGAAGGUCGUGAAAAGAAUCCAAAAUUUUUUGAUGAAGAUUUAGAAGACCAUCAGCCUUUUCCAACGCUUCAGACAGUAUUACAAGAAUUAGAACAACAUGUCGGAUGUAAUAUUGAAAUUAAAUGGACUAUGCAAUUGAAGGAUGGCACGUUCGAGCUUAACCAUCCUUUCGAUCUCAAUCUAUAUUUGGAUAUUAUAUUGAAAGUCGUACUAGAAUAUGGGGGAGAUAGGAAAAUCGUUUUCUCAUCAUUUAAUCCAGAUAUCUGUGCCAUGAUCCGUCUUAAACAAAAUAAGUAUCCGGUAGUAUUUUUAACACAAGGCAUUACCUCAAAAUAUCCUACUUAUCAUGAUCCAAGAUGUCAAACUGUACCAAUGGCUGUUAGACAUGCAUUAGCAGCUGAUAUCUUAGGAAUUAAUGUCCAUACCGAAGAUAUUCUUAGGGAUCCGUCACAAGUUAAAUUUGUAAAGGAUGCUGGUUUAAUCAUCUUUUGCUGGGGAGAUGACAAUAAUGAUAAAGAUACAAUUCGACAUUUAAAGAAACUUGGUUUGCAUGCAGUAAUUUAUGACAAAAUUGAUGAAUACAACGCAAAGGAAGUCAAAGAAAGCAUAUUUUUGGUUGAUGCAAGAGAAAAUCAAAAGGCACUAAUAGCUUUGGCACAAUGUAAUCAAAGUUGUGCACCGCAACCACAAAUUACUAAUUCUUUGAAUACAGAGAAGGAAUACUACAUGGAGAUCGACAAAUCGCGAAAUAUGAUUACAACCACGUCAACUACAUCCUCACUCGCAUCUUUUGGUAAGAACAAUCUUGGUGAUAAUAUAUAUCCCAUGUCAACCAUUAAAUUACCAAGUACAUGUGACCAUCAGGAGAGCAAUGAGAUCAGUGAAAUGACAAAAGAUUUCAGCGUUUGCGCAAAAUCCUUCGGCCACUCUGUAAAAGCUAAAAGUAUCUCAGAUUUAGUAUGUGGCCAAACGACAGCGUUACCAGAAAUUUACGGAGAGGAUGAGUCUGCGAAAGACUGUCUUUGAUGUUUCUCCUUUAGGAAGCCAUUCAUGUCAUGGUUUGGCACAGAAGACACUACCUAAAAAAAGAUUUACCACAAAAGGAAGGACGAAGCCGAAGAAAAUUUUUUGUAACUUAUAAUUUACUAUAAUACUUACACUAAAGGGGUUAAACAGUUCUGGUUUUCCCAACAGUCCUAGAUCCGUAAAAGUGGAUCACCUUAACGGCCAUUACACAGAAUAUAUUCAUAUAAUGCACAAGAAAGACGACCGAUUGUAUUUUUCACGUCACUUUAUCAUUCCUGCAAUCGAUCGACUUAAUUGUCCAUUUCAUAUUAUGUCUUACUUUAUACAAUGGCCUUUUUUUUUAAUGUUGAUAAAGUUCAAUGGCUGUAGGAAAAGAUAUCAACUUUUGUUAUUCUGUCUAUGGCAGAUGAAUACAGGAGUUGCAAGUUUUUAGUACAAAUAUUCUCAAUAUUUCAUUUAGUUCAUAGAAAGAAGUCACCCCUCUUAUAUAUAUUCCUUCCUUUGUUAAUUAAACAUUAAUAAAAAAGAAAUGCAAAUUGACAGAAACACUGACAAAUGAAUGAUGUCACGAAUGUAUACUUUUUUGUAAUAAGUUAUCAAAAACAUUUUUUAAAAGAACGAUGCGAUUUGUUUUUAACAGCUUUGAAUAUAGACAAAAGCUGCCAAUAAUUAAUUUUCAUAAAUAUACAUAUUUCAGAUUCA